UUCCCCGUAUUAGUUCGUUCUCUGUCUCUAAAUCUGCGUUUGUUGUUCAGGGUUCGUAGAUUGUUAUGUAUGUGAUCGAUUCACUUGUUUUUCCGUGUCUUUGUUGUAAGAGGGAUCCGAGGUAGCGUCUGCCUAGUCCGCCAUCUUGGCUCCGCCCCCAUAAUACAGUUUUAAAAGAUAGUUUUUGCCAUUCUCUUUUUAUUUUGAGAGAAAUUGAGAUACAAAGGAAUUAAGUAGAUUGCUUGGGGUCAUGAAGAAUUAGUAUUGGGUAGAGUUGAGAUUUGAGCCCAUAUUUUCCUGAUUUAAAAAUGCAUUCUUUUUCUAUUGUACCAUAAUAUGUAGUUAAUUUCUUACUACCUGGAUAAGCACUACAUGACAGUGAAUGGAGGAAAAUUAAUGAUAAAAAUCUUAUUGGACUUAUUAUUACUGAAUAUUCUUAUUACUGAAUAUAUUUUGAUUUCUGUUUAAUAUAAUCCAUUUUUUAAAAAAUAGGCAGUGAUAUGGGAAAUGAUGAUGCCAUCGGAGGGAAUGUGAGCAAAUACGUGGUGCUUCCAACUGGAUACUCUGGACAACCCAAGAAAGGACAUCUAAUCUUUGAUGCUUGUUUCGAAAGUGGUAACCUUGGCCGGGUGGACCAGGUCUCAGAGUUUGACUACGAUCUGUUCAUUAGGCCGGAUACCUGUAAUCCACGCUUCCGAGUCUGGUUCAACUUUACUGUUGAAAACGUGAAAGAAUCACAGGUGAGGGAAAAAGCGGAUACCUUAAGUGUGGUUUUGAGGGUCAUUUUCAACAUUGUUAACUUCAGCAAGACCAAGAGCCUUUAUAGAGAUGGAAUGGCUCCUGUGGUGAAAUCUACUAGCAGACCAAAAUGGCAAAGGCUGCCACCUAAAAAUGUUUACUACUACCGCUGUCCAGACCAUAGGAAGAAUUAUGUGAUGUCCUUUGCAUUUUGUUUUGAUCGAGAAGAUGACAUUUACCAGUUUGCUUACUGCUACCCGUACACAUACACUCGUUUCCAGCAUUACCUUGACAGCCUGCAGAAGAGAAACAUGGAUUACUUCUUUCGCGAGCAGCUGGGCCAGAGCGUGCAACAGCGACAACUUGACCUCCUGACAAUAACCAGCCCUGCCAACCUUCGGGAAGGGGCAGAGCAGAAGGUGGUAUUUAUCACAGGACGAGUCCACCCGGGGGAAACACCCUCUUCAUUUGUGUGCCAAGGGAUCAUUGACUUCCUCGUAAGCCAGCACCCGAUUGCCCAUGUUCUACGGGAACACCUGGUCUUCAAGAUUGCACCAAUGCUCAACCCGGAUGGAGUCUACCUGGGCAAUUACAGGUGCUCUCUGAUGGGAUUUGAUCUGAACCGUCACUGGCUGGAUCCCUCUCCAUGGGCCCACCCUACUCUGCAUGGGGUGAAACAACUCAUCAUCCAGAUGUAUAAUGACCCGAAAACAAGCCUGGAGUUUUAUAUCGACAUCCACGCCCACUCCACCAUGAUGAAUGGCUUCAUGUACGGCAACAUCUUUGAGGACGAGGAACGGUUCCAGAGGCAGGCCGUUUUCCCCAAGCUCCUCUGCCAGAAUGCUGAGGACUUCUCCUACUCCAGCACAUCCUUUAACCGGGAUGCCGUGAAAGCGGGAACAGGCCGUCGCUUCCUCGGUGGACUCCUGGACCACACUUCCUACUGCUACACCCUUGAGGUCUCCUUCUACAGCUACAUCAUUGGGGGCACCACGGCUGCUGUGCCUUACACUGAGGAAGCCUAUAUGAAGCUGGGACGGAAUGUGGCAAGAACUUUUUUGGACUAUUAUCGGCUGAACCCCAUGGUGGAGAAAUUGGCUAUUCCCAUGCCAAGGCUGCGGAAAGAAAAAACCCCUCCCUACAAGCACCCACUCCUGCGGGGCCUGGCCAGCAACUACCCCAACGGCAAAGGGGACAAGAAGAGCUCAGUGAGCCACAAAGACCCUUCAAACUCUUUUUAAGGACAUGGAGUCCGGGGAGGUCUUGUGGGCACAGGAGCAUGCAUUUUCUGCUAGAACAUGAAAUUAGUCACCCUUUUCUAGUUUUCCAGAUGAGGUUUUGUGGGAUAAUAAAUUGGCUAGUGAAAGGGGAGAAAAAAUGAGAAAUUUCAUCAUUGAUUUUCCCUUUUACUAAUGGAAAAUGAAUUGUGAGACUUCAGCUCAAGGCUCAGGAACAAAAUAGGAGAC